AUGGAGACUAAAGAUAGACCAGACUUGACUUUUGAUAAUCAACAAGGUGAACGUAAGUUUUGUUCCUUAUUUAGAAGCCUUCCCGAGAAAUCGGGAAAUACUAUUCGUCUCUUCGAAAGAAAUUGUGGGGAAUAUUAUAGUGUUCAUGGAGAUGAUGCGAUUUACAUUUCACAAACCGUUUACAAGACAUCAUCUAUAAUAAAAUAUCUGGGAGGUGAUGUUAAAAAUGGAAUUCCCAGUUGUACAUUAUCACGUCUUAACUUGGAAACAUUUUUACGUGAUUCAUUAUUGAAUAAACAAAUGAAGAUAGAAAUAUGGGGACAAGAAUCCCGAAAAAAUAAUGGAUGGAAAUUAAUUAAGAGACUUGAAGAUAUUAUGUUUUCUAAUGUCGAUGUGGCUACAUCACCAAUGGUACUUAGUAUUAAAUUGAAAAUAGCCGAAGAUCAAAAGAUUGUUGGAGUUGCUUUCGCAGAUACAACAGUUCAAGAAUUAGGUGUAUCAGAAUUCGUAGAUAAUGAUUUAUAUACAAAUUUCGAGUCUCUAAUAAUUCAACUUGGAGUUAAAGAAUGUAUUAUUGAAUCGCGUAAAGAUUACGAAACCUCAAAAUUAAUGGACGUAUUAAAUAGAUGCGAUACGGUUAUUACAGAAUCAAAAAAAAGUGAUUUCGCAAUUAACGAUAUUGAACAAGAUUUAAAUCGUUUACUUGGUGAAAAUGUUUCAGUUGCUUCUCUACCCGAAUAUGAAAUGAAAAAUGCUAUGGCUGCGUGUGCAUGCAUUAUCAAUUAUUUAUCGUUAAUGUCAGAUGAAAGUAAUUUUGGUCAUUACACAUUGCGAAAUCAUGAUUUAUCGCAAUAUAUGAGAUUAGAUUCUUCUGCAUUAAAGGCAUUAAACUUGAUGCCAGGUCCUCAAGAUGAACAAAGACUUUCGCUUGUUGAAAUCUUUGUGAAUGAUACUGAAAUUAGACAAUCUAUAAGGGAGGACCAUUUAAAAUCCACUCCGGAUCUUCAUAGAAUAGCUAAAAGAUUUCAAAGAGGAAGCGCAACAUUACAGGAUGUUAUACGCGUAUAUCAAGUUUUAACGAAGCUUCCUGAAUUGAUAAAUUUGUUAGAAUCAUUUAACACCAUGAAUGACGUGCUUAAAGAAACCAUCGAAGAAGCAUAUCUCAUAAAAUUAAGGGAAUAUAACGUACAACUUGAAAAGUUAAAAGAGAUGAUUGAAACGACUGUAGAUUUUGAAGCUGCGGAUCAUCAUCAUUAUGUUGUGAAGGCAGAUUUUGAUGAUACAUUAAAAGUAUAUUUUACGACGAUAAAAUUGAGAGAACUGAGUAGUUCAUUUUCAAAUUUAAAAGAAACAUAUGAAAAAGCUCAAAGUUCUCUGGUAAAGGAAAUUAUUGCUAUUGCAGCUGCUCACGCACCCAAAUCAUAUGUUCGUCCAAAAAUUAAUGAAAAAGGAGAAGGUCGUUUUUUGUUAAAAAAUUCGCGUCAUCCCUGCCUAGAGGUUCAAGAUGAUGUUUCAUUCAUUUCAAAUAAUGUUGAACUUGUUAAAGACCAGAGUGAAUUACUUAUAAUUACUGGUCCUAAUAUGGGAGGAAAGUCAACUUACAUACGACAAAUCGGUGUUAUUGCGUUGAUGGCACAAGUUGGAUGUUUUGUUCCAUGUUCAGAAGCUAAUAUUUGUAUAUUUGAUUGUAUACUCGCUAGAGUUGGUGCGGGUGACAGUCAACUUAAGGGUACUGCAACGACGAAUUCUUUGAUCAUUAUAGAUGAACUUGGUCGGGGAACAAGUACUUAUGAUGGAUUUGGUUUGGCUUGGGCAAUAUCAGAAUAUAUAGCUACAAAUAUAAGGUGUUUUUGUUUGGUUGCCACCCAUUUUCAUGAGUUAACUGUUCUGAGCGAUAAUAUUUCUUACGUGCGUAAUUUACACGUAACGGCGUGCGUUGACCAAAAUCUUUCUGGAGUACGUGACAUUACUUUGUUAUACAAAGUGAACGAAGGUGUUUGUGAUGAAAGUUUCGGUAUUAAUGUUGCGGAAUUGGCAAAUUUCCCUGAAACUGUUGUGAAACUCGCAAGAAGAAAAGCUAAUGAAUUAGAAAAUUUUUCAAAUACUGAUCAAGAAGCGAAAAAACAAUGUUCGAGACAAGAAAUUAAGGAAGGUGACAUGAUAAUUGAAGACUUCCUUAAAGAAAUUGCCCAAACGCCAAAUACUGAAUUAAUGGAUUAUAAUUCAAUGUUAAAUCAUGUUCAGAAAAUUAAGGAUAAAUAUGAACCGAAAUUCCAAAAUAAUCCGUGGUGUCGGGAUGUUAUCGAAGGAUUUUAA